AGCUGUUGCUGCUUAUGGUCAAAACCAAAACAAAAAAUAAAAAUUUUAUUAAAAUUAAAAUAAAUAAAAAACAGGAGCGAGCGUCAUUGUGUCAAAAGGUAGCUCUCGAUUUUCCUACGAUCGGUACCUUUCUUUCAUGCACCGAUCAUUCUCAUUACAAAAUCGAAUUCUUCUAGGGUUCUGAUAAAUCCUCAAUCAUCAUUGUGUAUUGAAUUAGUUUCUGGUGAACUCUGUGAUCCAUGAAGAUGGAUUUAAGGUCCGGUUACAAGGGGGUUGUUGGGCUUGUUUUCGGCAACGAGAGUUCUUCAGAUGCAGAUAGCUAUGUUGAGCGGUUGCUUGACCGGAUAAGCAAUGGUAAACUAGGAGAUGAUAGAAGAAAUGCUAUUAUUGAGCUUCAGGCUGUUGUCUCAGAAAAUCAGGCUUCCCAGUUAGCAUUUGGCGCCAUGGGUAUACUUAAACGAAUUUUUAUUAGUUAAGAUUACAUUGAAUUGUCCAUGAAGGUUCGUGGUGCCCUGGAAACUCUAGUAAGUGCACUGACUCCCAUUAAUCAUGGAAAAGGGUCAAGUAAUGAAGUUCAGCCAGCCUUGAUGAACACUGAUUUACUUUCUAGAGAAGCAGACAGUAUCUCUCUCCUUCUAAGUCUGUUGGAAGAGGAUGAUUUCUAUGUGCGAUACUAUACUUUGCAACUGCUGACUGCCCUUCUCACUAAUUCUCCACAGAGGUUGCAGGAAGCUAUAUUGACCAUCCCUCGUGGAAUAACACGGCUAAUGGAUAUGCUCAUGGAUCGCGAGGUAAUAAGGAACGAGGCCCUAUUGCUUCUUACUCACUUGACGCGUGAAGCUGAGGAGAUUCAAAAGAUUAUCGUCUUUGAAGGUGCAUUUGAGAAGAUUUUCAGUAUCAUAAGAGAGGAGGGAAAUUCAGAUGGUGGAGUUGUUGUACAGGACUGCCUUGAAUUGUUGAACAACUUGCUUCGUAACAAUGCAUCCAAUCAGGUACUGUUAAGAGAGACCAUAGGACUUGAUUCAUUGAUAUCAAUUUUGAAGCUGAGAGGAAGUGCUUUCUCUUUUACUCAACAGAAGACAAUCAAUCUGCUCAGUGCAUUAGAAACCAUUAGACUGCUUAUAAAGGGUUCCGAGGCUGAUACUGGGAAAGACAUGAAUAAACAGGCAAAUAAGGCAAAUUUGGUUCAGAAAAAGCUAUUGGACCAUCUUUUGAUAUUAAGUAUUGAAAGCCAGUGGGCACCUGUUGCAGUUCGAUGUGCGGCAAUGCAAUGUAUUGGUGAUCUGAUUAUUGGAGAUUCAAAGAAUCGUGAUCUUCUUGCUAGCAAAAUUCUUGGAGAGGAGCCACAAGUUGAGCCUGCUCUAAAUUCUAUACUUAGAAUCAUUUUGAGGACUUCUAGCAUGCAAGAGUUCAUUGCAGCGGAUUAUGUUUUCAAAUGCUUCUGUGAGGUUGGUUAUGCAUAUAGAUUUUUAGUUAAAAGUCUGAUACACGUUUCUUUUCUUUUUCUUUUCUUUUGUUUUUUUAACAUUGAUAUCAAUAUGUCUUUUGGAAGCAUGCUAUUACAUGGUCUCACUUUGGGUGAAAACAGUGGUGAUCUUGAGAUUUGUUGCAGAGCUGCAAGUGUUCUAUCUCAUAUAUUGAAGGACAAUCUCCCUUGCAAGGAAAGGGUUUUACGAAUUGAAAUAGAGCCACCCAUGCAAUCUUUAGGAGCUCCAGAGCCACUACUGCAUCGAAUGGUGAAAUAUUCUGCCCUUGCUUCUUCCAUGAAAGGCAAAGAUGGAAAGUCUAUUACAUCAGCAAACUCUUAUACAGAAGUCAUUAUCUUGAAAUUACUGAUUACCUGGCUAGCAGACUGUCCAAGUGCGGUACAGUGCUUCCUAGAUGCUCGCCCCCACCUUACUUAUCUUCUUGAGCUCGUAUCAAAUUUGUCAGAAACAGUGUGUAUAAGGGGAUUUGCAGCAGUGAUCUUGGGUGAAUGUGUUAUCUAUAAUAAAUCCACUGAUAACGGAAAAGAUGCAUAUGCCAUUGUUGAUGCAAUAAGUCAGAAAGUUGGGCUCAGUUCAUACUUCCUAAAAUUUGACGAGAUGAAGAAGAGCUUUGCUUUUGCCAGUGUGGAAUCAUCUAUGACCCGUAAAUCAUUCGCCAGAUCUUCAGCAGCCAGCAUGGCAGAUAUUGAAGAUGUAGAUGAAAAUGAUUUGUCUGAAAAGAAAUCUCCUGAUCAUCCAAUUCUUUCUUCUGUCUUGGAUUCUUACUUUGUGAAUUUUGUCAAAAAACUGGAGGCAGAUAUUAGAGAACAGAUUGUGGAUGUUUAUAGCCAACCAAAAAUCAAGGUGGCGGUAGUUCCAGCAGAAUUAGAGCAGAAAAGUGGUGAAAGUGACGGCGAGUAUGUAAAGAGGCUGAAAACUUUUGUUGAGAAGCAGUGCUCUGAGAUACAGGAUCUCCUUGUUCGAAAUGCCACUUUGGCUGAGGAUCUGGCUAAGACAAGUGGAGGUAGCAGAAGUUUAGAGUCUGACCAAAGAGUAAGUGGGGCCUCAGAAAGAGUCCAAAUGGAGAAACUCCGAAGAGAAUUCCAAGAAGCAUCUCAAAGGUUGGUGAACCUUCAGGCAGAAAAGGCUAAAGUUGAAUCAGAGGCAGAAAUGUACCGGAAUUUAGCCGGAAAGAUAGAAGCUGAUCUAAGGAGUCUAUCCGACGCCUACAAUAGUCUUGAGCAAUCCAACAUUCAAAUGGAGAAUGAGUUGAAAGCACUUAGGAAAGGUGGGCCCUCAACAUUCCCAGAUGUGGAAGCAAUAAAAGCCGAAGCAAGGGAAGAAGCUCAGAAGGAGAGUGAGGGAGAGCUGAAUGAUCUGCUUGUAUGCCUUGGCCAAGAACAAAGCAAGGUGGAAAGACUUACUGCUAGAUUGCUCGAGUUGGGGGAGGAUGUUGAUAAACUACUUGAAGGCAUUGGCGACGAGGCAGGGGCCGGUGAAGAUGACGAAGAUGAUGAUGAUGAUGAUGCCGAAUAAUAUAUUUCAACUACGCCCUGCUAGCUUCGUGUUACACAUGUCAUGUUGAAUUGUACAGUCUAACACAAUUUGUUGAGAAUGGAGCAGAAGAUAUAUUCCAUGGUUGAAUCUGUUAUGAUUUCUUCAGGACCCUGUUUCUUGCUGGUGUUUUUGCAAUAUCAUUCUCUUUAUUUCUCCCUUUUAGUAUUGGCGAAUCAAAUUUGGAGAAAUAAUUUAAAGUUCAGUAUUUGUAUUCUGUUGAUAUUUUAGAUGAGGACUCUCUUGUUAUUGUAUAUCUAUGAAAAUUAUGUUAUUUAUUAUUUA